AUGUCUUCUCCCACUUUGCCACAUCCCAAUUCAUCUCAACAAUCAGCAUCUUUUAUUGGCACUAAUGAACCAUGUGAUACUCAAGAGAAGGAUGAAACUGCUGAUAAUCAUGAUAUGGAUGAGGUUGAAAAUGAACUAGAAGGAAAGAAAAUUCGUAAAAAAGUUUCAAAGGUUUGGGAAUAUUUUGAAGAAGUAGAAGUUCUUGAGAAUAAAGUCUUAGUGAAAAAACUCAAAUGCAAAUAUUGUACAAGGAAGUAUUCCAAAUCAAAGACGGGUACCACCUCACAGCUAAAAAGGCAUAUGAAUGAAUGUUUUUACUUGAAAAAUCAGCCUAAAGACCAAGGUUUAAUCAAUUUUCCACCAAGUGAAGCUCUAGAGAAUGAGGUAGAAUUUUCUCCUGUCUACAUUGGCUCAUCUUUUGACGCAUUUAAAAUUCGAGAAAUAAUGGCUAAAAUGAUUAUAGUUCAUGAAUAUCCAUUUACGAUGGUUGAGCACACAUGGUUCAAUAUAUUGUGUAAGGCAUUGAAUCCUAAUUUUCAAAAGGUGAGUAGAAACACUAUUAAGAAUGAAUGCUUAAAAGCCUACGAAACUGAAAAGGAGAAAUUGAAAAAAGUGCUAAAGAAUGUUGAUAAAAUAUCACUUACAUGUGAUUGUUGGACGUCCAAGCAAACAAUUGGGUAUAUGGCUUUGACAGCUCACUAUAUAGAUUCAGAGUGGCAAUUGCAGAAGCGUGUCAUUGCUUUCAUUGAGCUAGAGCCACCGCACACCGGUUUGGUUAUUUCUGAUGCCAUUUCUGAGUGCUUGUUAGAUUGGGGGAUUCAAGAUAAAGUGUCUACAAUCACCUUAGAUAAUGCUUCAAGUAAUGACGUAGCAGCUAAAAGUUUAAGAUUGAACUUUGAAAGGAGAAACAAACUUCACUUCAAGGGUAUGUUCUUUCAUAUUAGAUGUUGUGCACAUGUUUUGAACUUGAUGGUUCAAGAUGGUCUUAAAGAGAUUGCUGAAAUAAUUAAUGACAUAAGGGAGUCAGUAAAAUACUUCAAGAAGUCUCCUGGUCGACUUCAAAAAUUUGGUGAAAUUGCUAAGCAGUUGGGUCUCUCUACAGAAAGAGGGUUAUCAAGUGAUGUUACUACUAGAUGGAACUCUACAUAUAAAAUGCUUGAUGCUGCUUUUCAUUAUAAAUUGGUUUUUAGUGAAUAUGCAAAUAGAGAUCCAUAUUAUCCAACAUCUAACAAGUUCCUUCGUGAAACUUAUAAAGUUAAGAAAGUGCUAGCUGAACAAGCUACAUCAGAUGAUUAUUUUAUGAGAAACAUGGCACGAGUAAUGGCAGAAAAUUUGAUAAAUAUUGGGGUUCUUGCAACUUGUUAA